AUGCUUAAACCCCUAUUGAUACUCUUGUGUCUAUCACUAAUAUGUUGGAUCAUCCAACUACUACCGGUUAUCUCAGUGCCCAUAACCCCGACCACUACCAAUAUUUAUUUAUCCAAGUACCAAAACUUUACUUAUGGGGUAUUUGGAAUAUGUCAAAAUAAUAUCUGUUCAAAUCCUAGAAUAGGAUAUCCUUCUGUUAAUAGCACAUUUUAUUCCUUGACUGGGGAUGUGGGUGAGAGUACUAGUGCGGGAGUGGUGCUUCCUUCUAGUGUCACCUAUACUAUUUCCAAAUUGUUGGUUGUUCACGUAAUGGCAUUUUCCUUUACGUCUAUGUUAAUAAUUAUUAUAUCUGGAUUAAUUAUGUUACAAGUAUAUCGCAAGAGGAAGAAUCAAGCCAGACGGUCAAAUGCGGGCAUUAACUUGAUGUUAAUCUCCACUUUAUUUUCGUUUUUAACAAACUUGCUAGGGUUUCUCGUUGAUCUCUUGCUAUUCACACCUAACCUAAGUUAUUUAGGUUGGUUGCAAUUGAUACCGAUAGUUCUGAUGGUUUUAAUCACAACAAUGUUAUGUUUUAUUAAAAGAACCAUUGUGUCUCGACGGUUUUUCGAGAAUGAUGAACAAACAUAUCACGCCAAUGAUGAUAUGAGAAUGAUGAGAAAGAAUGUGAUUGACAGAUUCUAUAAUGAUAAUGCAAGUGACGAUGGGUUUUAUGUAGUUACUGACGGGUUUUACACCAGGAAUAAUCAUGAUAUACGACAGAGUCAUACUAGUGAAGAAUAUUCUCUAGAUAGUCUACAUACAAGAUAA